CGUCGUCCUGCGCUGCUCCGGCGCCUCUCCUGCCGGCCCCGCCCAGUUCGAGAUAAGGCUAUAUAAGAUAGCCAGUGAGCUAAUCCUCUCCCGCUCUCCUCUUCGCCUCUCCCUCUCCCUCCUCGGCGACGGCGACGCGCGGGGAUAGCACAACCGCCACGGAUGCUGUGGCAAGGUGACGCGCCUUCUCCUCCUCCUUCCUGCGGGCUUAGCAAUGGGUUCUGAAGGAAUCAAGAUUCUGAUAUAGUUGCUGGAUUCCUCAUUCCCUUGAUUCAAAAUGACGCCAGUGAUCCAUUGUUCUGUUGGCAAUAUUAGCCUAUUUCACCUUGGCAGUUUCAGGACCAGCCGAGAAAUCCAAAUAAGAAGAUUCCAUGGUUCAACAGGGUAUUCAAGAGUAGCAUCACCAUCACCCCGACGACUUCUGCAGCCACAAACAGCAUUUCACUUGAUCAGUGUUUACAAAAGAAGAAGCUGGUCCUCUUCCCAGAGGUCAAGAACCUUAUCCGCAGCAACUGUUGGGACUGAUGUCACAGUUGAGGACCAAAAUCCGUCUCCCGCAGGAGAAACCUCCAAUGAGAACUCUGAGGCUGCACCUGGCAGUGCUGAAGCCAGUGAGCAGGCUGAGGCUAGCACGGACCAAGCUUCUUCCGCUCCCAAAUUAGGACGCAACAUACGGAAGAGUGAGAUGCCUCCACUGACUGAUGAUGAUCUAGUUCCUGGUGCAUCUUUUACUGGGAAAGUUAGGUCUAUCAAGCCAUUUGGCGUUUUUGUUGACAUUGGAGCAUUCACGGAAGGCCUUGUUCAUAUCUCCCGAGUAAGUGAUGGGUUUGUAAAAGAUAUAUCUUCCCUCUUCACUGUUGGACAAGAGGUGACAGUCAGAUUAGUUGAAGCUAAUAAGGAAACGGGGCGCAUCUCUCUGACAAUGCGGGAAGGUGGUGAUUAUGUCAAGCCGGCAAAUGAAACACCUAAGGCUGCAAGCGGUGGGCGGAGUGCCACCACAAUUCCAACCAGAAGCUCACCAAGGCAAACAAAGGAAAGACGGGAAGCCAAGGCAAUAGGCGAGUCAAAAUAUGUACCAGGGCAAUCUCUGAAUGGCACUGUGAAAAAUACAACAAGAUCAGGGACAUUUGUUACACUGUCUGAUGGGAGUGAAGGAUUCCUUCCCAGAGAAGAGGAAGCAGUGGCUUUGUUUACCCUUAUUGGGCAAUCUGCAAUGGAAGUUGGUAAACAGAUAAGGGUUAAAGUAUUGAAUGUAGCACAAGGUCAGGUCACUUUGACGAUGAAAGAGGUGGAAGAUGACGAAGAUGAUUUGAAAAUGCUAAACAUGGAGCUUAAGAGGGAAUGGUCCCGAGGGACCAAUGCGUUUGAGUUAGCUUUCCGUAGGAAUAAGGAGAUCUCUGCAUUCUUGGAUCAGAGGGGAAAGACAAAAGUGCCGGAAGUACAAGCAGCUGCUGGAGCGGCAGUAGGCACCGUGCUUGAUGCUGAAGCGGGCAGUGAUGAAAGCCAGGACAAAGAGAGCGAAGCAAGCAAGGCUGAAUCACCUGAGACUGAUAGUCGAACUUCAGCGGACGUGAGUGAACUGAGCAAGAUCGAAUCAGUUGAGGCUGAUAGUUCAGUGUCUGCUACUGAAACUGAAGGCAAAGAGGAGGGUAGCUCUUCGAUAGAAGCUACCACCACCACUGUUGAGGAAGCUGCUCCAGCAGAUGAGGAAAGUGGUGAACAAUUGACCGCAUCUGUGUCAGAAGUAUCAACUGAUAUUCCUGCCCCUGUAUCUGAGGUCUCUCCUCAGGAGGAAAUUGAGGAUUCUACUUUUGUGGCAGACACUGCUGAUGACCAAACUGUAGAAUCUGAAAGUUCACCUUCAACUGUUAUUGAACUGCCCUCCAAUGGGACCCCAGAUAGCACUAGUGUGUCUUCAGUUUCAGAAACUGAGGAUAAACCUUCUGAGCCUGAAGAAUCUUCAGCAGUAGAAGAGGUUCCUGUAACUGCAAGUAGGGGGGAUGAAACCAAUGAUAGCGUGGAGAAAGAACCAGCUGCAGUUGCUGAGGCUGCAGCAGCCUCGGGUGAGAAAACUGGUGCAGAGGUUGCUGCUGCUGGAGUCGAACAAGCAAGCACCACUACAGCCACUAUUUCACCAGCCCUUGUCAAGCAAUUGCGCGAGGCAACUGGAGCAGGCAUGAUGGACUGCAAAAAGGCACUUGCAGAAUCAGGGGGUGACAUUGAGAAAGCGCAAGAAUUCCUUCGGAAGAAAGGGUUGGCGGCUGCUGACAAGAGGGCUGGCAGAGCGACUGCUGAGGGAAGAAUUGGUUCUUACAUACAUGACAGCAGAAUUGGGGUCCUUCUUGAAGUGAAUUGUGAGACUGACUUUGUAUCCCGAGGUGACAUCUUCAAAGAGUUAGUCGAUGAUCUAGCCAUGCAAAUUGCUGCUUGCCCUCAAGUACAGUACAUCUCUAUUGAUGACGUUCCUGAAGAGGUUGUGAAGAAGGAGACAGAGCUGGAGAUGCAGAGGGAGGACCUCUUGUCAAAGCCUGAGCAGAUCCGGUCUAAGAUCGUCGAAGGACGUGUAAAGAAGAGGCUUGGAGAGUUUGCACUGUUUGAACAACCAUUCAUCAAGAAUGACAAGGUCACAAUAAGUGAAUGGGUGAAGCAAACUAUAGCCACAAUUGGAGAGAACAUGAAGGUCAAUAGAUUUGUCCGGUACAACCUCGGUGAAGGAUUGGAGAAGAAAAGCCAGGAUUUUGCAGCUGAAGUUGCAGCACAGACAUCAGCAAAGCCGCCACCAUCUGUGCCUCCCAAGGAUGAUAAGCCUGCUGAAACGACAGAAACUGCUGAGAAGAAGCCAGCUGUGGCAGUUUCAGCAGCAUUGGUAAAGCAACUUCGAGAUGAAACCGGCGCUGGUAUGAUGGAUUGCAAGAAAGCGCUGGCUGAGACCGGUGCUGACCUUCAGAAGGCUCAGGAGUUCCUCAGGAAGAAGGGGCUCUCAUCUGCAGACAAGAAAUCUUCUCGCCUAACUGCUGAAGGUCUGAUUGGCUCCUACAUCCACGACAACCGUAUCGGAUGCAUGAUUGAGGUCAACUCCGAGACCGACUUCGUGGCUCGCAACGAGAAGUUCAAGGAGCUGGUGAACGACCUCGCAAUGCAAGUGGUGGCGUGUCCACAGGUCGACUAUGUCUCGGUGGAGGACAUUCCGGAGAGUGUUGUCAGCAAGGAGAAGGAAAUUGAGAUGCAGAGGGAGGACCUGCAGUCCAAACCUGAGAACAUUAGGGAGAAGAUUGUCGAAGGGCGGAUAGCGAAGAGGCUCGGGGUGAUGGCUCUCCUGGAGCAGCCCUUUAUCAAGGAUGACAGCAAGACAGUGAAGGAUCUCGUGAAGGAGAUGAUCGCCUCCCUUGGGGAGAACAUCAAGGUGCGGAGGUUUGUCCGGUACACCCUCGGCGAGAACUGAUCGGUAAGGCGGUGCUCGGUCACAGCCCUGACAUGAGAAGUUGGGCACAUUUUGAUUCAGGAAGGUGCAUAGCUGUUGUUAGUUUGUACUCAGAUCACGUGUUAUUAUUGUUCCUGGUUCUAAAGAACACACUUUUUUAGCACUCCUUUGUAGAUGACAAAGAGAUGUCAAUAUGUCCAUCAAAGCAUUAUGACAAAUUAAAUUUUGUA